GUAACACACUUGGCCGAGGAGUUCAAACGCAAGUACAAGAAAGAUAUGACAACCAAUCCACGAGCACUGCGACGCUUGAGAACGGCAGCCGAACGAGCCAAGCGUACACUAUCUGCGAGCACAGAGGCCACCAUCGAAAUCGACUCAUUGUUCGAGGGCAUCGACUUCUACACGAAAAUAUCGCGAGCUCGUUUCGAGGAAUUGUGCGGUGAUUUGUUCCGAGCCACACUACAACCAGUGGAAAAGGCACUGGCUGACGCCAAAUUGGACAAAUCCAAGAUUGAUGAGAUCGUUUUGGUCGGCGGAUCAACGCGCAUUCCAAAGGUUCAAUCGCUUUUGCAGAACUUCUUCAACGGAAAACAACUGAACUUGUCAAUCAACCCAGACGAGGCAGUUGCAUACGGUGCAGCAGUACAAGCAGCUAUUUUGACCGGUAGCAAAGACAGCAAGAUCCAAGACGUGCUUUUGGUCGACGUAACACCACUCUCAUUGGGCAUUGAAACGGCCGGUGGAGUAAUGACGAAGAUCGUCGAACGAAAUGCUCGCAUUCCAUGCAAACAAACGCAGACAUUCACCACAUACGCCGACAACCAACCAGGCGUUUCGAUUCAAGUGUUCGAGGGUGAGCGAGCCAUGACCAAGGACAACAAUGUGCUGGGUAAAUUCGAAUUGAGCGGCAUCCCACCGGCACCGCGUGGUAUUCCAAAAGUUGAGGUCACAUUCGAUUUGGACGCAAACGGUAUUCUGAAUGUGACAGCGAAAGAAAUGAGCACCGGCAACUCGAAGAACAUCACCAUCAAAAACGACAAGGGUCGGCUAUCACAAUCCGAAAUCGAUCGAAUGUUGGCCGAAGCCGAGCGCUAUCGAGACGAGGAUGAGAAACAACGCGAGAAGAUUGCAGUUCGUAACAAUCUCGAAGGCUAUGUGUUCAGCGUGAAACAAGCAAUCGACCAAGCCGGUGACAAAUUGUCCGAGGAAGAGAAAUCGAAGGCUCGCAACUGCUGUGAAGAAACAAUCAAAUGGCUUGAUGGAAACGGACUGGCCGAUAAAGAGGAAUUCGAACACAAAAUGCAAGAGGUUAGUCAACUUUGUUCGCCAAUCAUGACAAAGAUCCACACGGGCGGAGCAGGCGCCGGAUCGAGCAACUGUGGCCAACAAGCCGGAAACACCUUCAACAACUAUCAAGGACCAACCGUUGAAGAAGUUGACUAAAUUCAUAGAAAAAUAUUGGAAUAUGUUGAUUAGUUAAUAAGUAAUAGCUUCUAAGAAUUUAUAAGUAAAUAUGAUAGUGAACUAGAAUCUUAGUAGUUUAUUAAAUUUUUCGUAAAUUAAGAGAAUGUAAAGACUGUAAAUGAGAUAGAUGAAUAAAGAAAUCCUCAGACAUGGAAAAUAAUAAAAAGAAAAAAACAAAA